UCAGCAAGAUUAAAGCGAUCAACAACAGUGUCUCCUUCCCCGCCCCCCUUUCCCAUGCCUGCAUCCCAUCCUGAGUUUUAGCAACAACUGGAGUGAGUGAAGAGUGACUGGAGUGAAAUGUGAGGCUGCAGCUCUAGUCGCGAAUGCUCCAAGCAGGAAGAAGCAGAGCCGGAAAACCGUGGCAAGAAACACCUCUGAAAACGUGGGUGGUGGGCUAGAGAGUGUCACCCAUGAGAAAUUUCAGUCAAAAGAAGCAACUUUCCAUCUCGGAUGGAAAAGCAGCUGAAACGCCACUGGAGUCUUCUGCAGAAUGCAAGGCAGCCGAGCACAUAGACACCCAAGCGACUAUUCCCUAUGGAUUGCAGUUGUUCCAGGAAACUGAGAAGUACUUGGGUGAGGAAGAGGAGGAGGAAGAGCAGAAGAGACUCCUUUCAAUAUUUGCAUUUGACCCCACUUUGGCUUCUGGAACAUUAGCUCCCUCCUCAGUGCUCAACAUUAAUGUUGGUGGCCGAACCUACCAUCUCACAUACCAGGCAGUGGCCACCUAUCCCAACACCCGCCUCGGACGCUUGGUUACUUCCACUGAUCGCCAUUGCCAGCUAGGCCUCUGUGAUGACUACGCGGUUCAGGGGGAUGAGUAUUUCUUUGACCGAGACCCUGCGGUUUUCCAGCUGGUCUACAACUUCUAUGCUUCCGGGGUGUUACAGGUACAAAAUGAGCUGUGCCCCCACAGCUUCUUGGAAGAGUUGAGCUACUGGGGGGUCCGUCUCAAAUACACGCCCCGCUGCUGCCGGAUCUGCUUCGAAGAGAGAUGCGAUGAGCUGAAUGACCAACUGAAAGUGCAAGAGGAGCUCCGUGCUCAGGCAGCCGUCCAGGAGAGCGAGGCUCUCUUCUGCCACAUGCGCUAUGCCGCGCAACGGUGGCGCCUUUGGAACCUCAUGGAGAAGCCCUUCUCUUCCACCAUGGCCAAAGCAGUGGGGGUUGCCUCCAGUUUCUUUGUUCUCAUAUCCGUGGUGGCCCUUGCUCUCAACACAGUCGAGGACUUGCAGCAGAAGGACAAAGUCACUGGAGAGCUACGGCCAGUGUUGGAACACGUGGAGACCUUCUGCGUGGCCUUCUUCACUCUAGAGUACAUACUGCGACUGCUCUCUACCCCUGACUUACACCGCUUUGCUAGUAGCGCUCUCAAUGCUGUGGACCUCAUUGCUAUUCUGCCCCUCUACCUUCAGCUGUUGCUGGAGCUUUUUAUCGAUGAAACCCACACUGGUGGGCAUGGGUCCCAACAUGAACAUGAGAUUGAGAAAGUGGGGCGAGUGGGCAAAGUAGGGCAAGUGCUACGCAUCAUGCGCCUGAUGCGCAUUUUUCGCAUUCUGAAGCUAGCCCGCCAUUCCACAGGGCUCCGAGCCUUUGGCUUCACUCUGCGCCAGUGUUACCAGCAGGUGGGUUGUCUCCUGCUCUUCAUCGUCCUGGGCAUCUCUGCCUUUUCAGCCAUGGUCUACACUGUGGAGCAUGACGUUGUUAGCACAAACUUCACCAGCAUUCCUCAGGCCUGGUGGUGGGCUGCCGUAAGCCUUUCUACUGUGGGAUAUGGAGACAUGUAUCCGGAGACCCACCUGGGACGGGUGUUUGCGUUCCUCUGCAUCGCUUUUGGGAUCAUCCUGAACGGCAUGCCUAUCUCCGUCCUCUACAAUAAAUUCUCGGAUUACUACGGCAAGCUGAAAGCGUACGAGUACACGGCCAUACAGAAAGACCGGGGGAAAGUGGAGUUCGUGCAACGGGCCAUGAAGAAGAUGUCAGAGUGUUACGGAAAGCGAUCAGCCCCAUCCCCAAGCCACAGAUACAAUUAAUACAGGUGGUCCUUGACUUACAACUGUUCAUUUAGUGACCGUUCAAAGUUACGAUCGUGGAAAAAAAGUGACUUAGGGCCGUUUGCACACUUACGACCAUGGCAGCAUCUCCUUGGUCAUGUGAUCAAACUUCAGACGCUUGGCAACUGAGUCAUAUUUGUGACAGUUAUUGUCCCAGGGUCACGUGAUCAUUUUCAGCGACCUUCUGACGAGCAAAGUCCACGGGGAAGCCAGAUUCACUUAACAGCUGAGUUGCUAACUUAAGAACUGCAGUGAUUCGCUUAGCAACUGUGGCAAGAAAGGUCGUAAAAUGGGGCAAAAGUCACUUAACGUUUGACUCACUUAGCAACAGAAAUUUGGGGGUCAAUUGUGGUCGUAGGUCGAGGAAUACCUGUACUCCGGAAAGAGACGGAGGAGGAGGAUGGACUUAGAAAUGACACUUAAAGCUUCAUUUAAAGAGAGAGAUUUGUGUUGAGUUCCUCUUUCUUAUUAAUUUGCUUAAUACAGAUUCCAACUCAUAUUCAAACAGCUGAUAAUGCCUUGAAACCGGGAUCCAACAACGAGUCAAGGAAGAAGAUGCUAAGAACCAGGAUAAAUAGUAUGCAAUGUCAGAUGUUUGGUCUGCAGAUACGAUCUGUCAAAGGAGUACAGAUAGUCCUCGAGUUACGACAGUUUGUUUAGUGACUGUUUGAAGUUACAACGGCACUGAAAAAAGUGACUUAUGACCGUUUUUCACACUUAUGACCAUUGCAGCAUCCCCAUAGUCACAUGAUCAAAAUUCAGAUGCUUGGCAACUGACUGAUACCGUAUGUAUGACAAUUGCAGUGUCCUGGCUCAUGUGAUCCACUUUUUGCUACCGUCUGACAAUCAAAGUCAACGGGGAAGCCGGAUUCGCUUAAGAACGGCAGUGAUUCACUUAGCAACUGUGGCAAGGAAGGUCAUAAAAUAAGGCAAAAUUCACUUAACAGCUGUCUCAGAAACAGAAAUAUUGGGUUCAAUUGCGGUCGUAAAUUGAGGACUACUUUUAUGGACAUCUCUACUGGUGUGGCAGAUGUUUUGGAGACUGUCACGCAGAAAUGUGUCCAUUUUACUACAUAAUUUUGAUUGCAAAGAAGAACAGUUGGAAGUACUUUUCUUCCAGUCUUCCACAGUCCAAUUUAUCUGAAAAGCACAAUGUUGAAGAUUCGUUUAAACGAAUAAGGAAUGCCAAAAUCUCCCAGACAUUCAGAUUCACAUGUUUUAUGUAUCCACAUUCAUAACAAUAAUAUUAGGGUCAAGACAGUUACUUCUUUUUCUUUAUGAUUUUCUUCAUCUCUCUUUAACUGUUUUCUGAAUCUAGGGCAUAUGAAAUUAGGAUUAGGUUGUCAGGGUAAAUUUUAGAAAUAGUUUUCUAAGUAAUAAAAUACCAGUGUUUGCUAAUUGAUGCCCAUAUAUAACCUAAAGAAUGAAACAGAAGUAGCGAGAGAGUGAUGUAACAGCAUGGGACAUGCCAAAUCAAAUGUCCAAUUGAAAUGUAAAGAACUAAAAUGUGUAAUUUAGUAAUCCAAAUGCAUAAUCCACAUAGCUUCCAAUAUAACAACUGUAGCAUAAUUCACUUUAAUUUUUUUAUUUGUUUGGCUAUACUGGCUUUAUAUAAUAUUACAGAGGAGUCAAACUUUCCCUAGUUGGCACCUCUGCUUUUUUUACAUUAAGACCCAAAAUUCAGCCUGAUGUUUGGUCAAAGAGCAAACUGAGCAUCUUGUAGAGCAAGGCUGCUAAAGAGAGAGCUCACGCCAGACAGGCUGUUGACUUCCUCGCAUGUAUUGUGCGGGACUAACAACUGAGCCUGGUGGCACCUUCUGGAAUGGAAGAAAUUCUCCACAACUUUUGUGAAGUCAGUGCUGUAACCUUCAAGAACAGCUUUAGCCUCACAGUUGAGUCUGUGGGUGAAUACUCUCACAUCAGACUGAUGUCAUUAAUUCUGUUGAGACAAUUUUAGAUAGAUAAAUAAAUAGAUGAUACAUAUAUAGAUGAUAGAUGAUGAUAGAGAUAGAUAGAUAGAUAGAUAGAUAGAUAGAUAGAUAGAUAGAUAGAUAAGGAUGGAUGAUAUUCCACUCAAGAGUAGGAAAGGGAAAUUCUUGUUAGCUGUGGAUAAUUAAUUUUAGAAAAGCUUCAGUAGGUAGGCCGAAACCAAUAGGGUAGAAUUUUCUCCCAUUAUUUUUGGAUGGUGGGAGUUAUAUAGUCCUUUCUGUCUGUCUUCCUUCCUUUCUCUCUCUCUCUCUCUUGCUCUCUUUUGUUUUCUUUCUUUUCAUGAUAAACUCAUUUAAAGUUUACAGUAAAUGCUUCUACUGUUUUGAAUCAGGUUCUCUUUUCAACAAUGUAGGUGGCUUUGAGGACCAUAAAAAUGGGGAACUAAGGCUCAUUCCUGAUAGAGAAGAUCCAAUUUUGGAGUUACUACUGAAGGAAAUAAUUUGCGCCAUUCUCCUAGCUUUGUAUAAACAUUGCAUCCAGACUCCUGGCUGGACAAACCGCCAGGGAGGAAUUACACUUACAUUGCAGUUACUGCCAGUGCACUUCCAAGAUCAAUUCAAAGUGCUGCUUGUUAUCCUAAAUGAUGCCGCAGCAGUUUGUGUCAGGAAAUGCUUCAGGAAAACUGAAUCUGCUUCUCCAGGCUGGUCAUUUGUAGAGGGCCUUGGGAAAGGCUGGUCAUUUGUAGAGGGCCUUGGGACUAACAGAGAGAAAGUCUGCCAUUUAAUUCCCAUAAAAUGGGGAAUUUCAUGGGAAUUAAACGGCAGACUUUCUCUCUGUUAGUCCCCACUCUGUAGAAUACCCCCCCCCCAAGAAUUGAGAAAGGAGAUAUUUUGGAAAUAACCCAAAGCAGUUCUAUUCCAGUGAGCCUUUGGCUUUUUUUAUCAUGCUUUUAUUGUGACUUCAGUUCUUUUUGGUUUUGCUUGUUUUAAUUAUAUGACACCCGGAGUCUUUUGGGAUUGGGGUGGAUUAAAAGUACCAGUGAAGAAGCGAAUUUAUCCAAUGGUCCUCUCAGUAGAUGCACAGGGUUUACUUCUUUGGGGACUCUACUGGCCAGAUCCAGGUUAUCUACGCUGGAAGGCCACUACAAUGCAGUCUGAUACAGAACCCUCUAAAUAUUCCGAGAUUCCACGUUAAAACUCAGCAGGUACCCUUGUUAACAUGCAGGAGAGAAAUCACAAAGUAGGAAAAUAAAAACCCCAAUUUUCAUACGAAUCACAUACUCAAAUGUUAUUAUGGGGAUUGCAGUAUAUCAGAGAAUGGUUUUGUGUCUGACUAUGAGUUUCCCCCCUGCCUCUGUUCUUCAGAUGCAUGAGCCUCUUUUCAUCUGCAACCAACGUGGUCUCUGGGCCUCAAGUCUUGAAUGAUAGAUCAACACAUCAGGAAAGGCUUUGUUAGACAACUGGGAAUAUAGGGAAUGUAGUGAAGAUUCAGCAAACACACAUUUGUUCCCAGAUGCUACCUCAGCCUUAGAUUAGUUGUGAGACAGUUGACUUGUUUUGCUGAACAUUCAUUUUUUAAUAAACUAAAUAUUGUAUGUCU